AUGCAAAACAAAGAUGAUGGUUUAAAGGCAGAUUUUCAGUUUUGUGAGACUUUGUCAGGUAUUGUGGACCUUGUAUUAAAAGGUACUUUCUUGAUACCAGUUUGUACUUCAACAAUUUUACUGGCCAAGUUUAGAAUUCAUUCAAAUACUCAUCUCGGAAAUGUGUAUACCUACCAAUCAUUUUUUUUACAAUUUCCAUACUAUCAUCAAGGAAAUAAAAUAGUUCCAGUCUUUAAUAAGGAUGAAAUUACCAGUAUUCUUGUUAAUAUUUCAAAAACUGACAAGACACCAGAUGACCUUGUUGGGAAGCUAUCUUAUGAACAAGGAGAUCUGAUACUUCGAGAUUGGCAAUUUUUUGAAUAUACAGAACAAAGAUCAGCUGUAAUCGAAGAGGGCGAGCUAACAACAAUGUCAGAAAUUCAUGCAGGAACAUGUUUGAAUGGUGAUAUACAAUUUAAAAAUUACAAUCUAGAACUAGAGAUCACCAGACAUCAAACAGACACAAAUUCUGAAAAUCAUACUACAAGUAAUUGGGAUGUCGAAUUUCAAAAUUCUACCACUAAUGUUCAGCAAUUUAAACAUUGCAUUAUUAAUACUCCAAGUUCUCCGUAUAGUGAUGCAUUCCUCUCACUAGAUCAGCAGGAUGCCAAGUUUUCAAAUGAAAUUCACAAAUACAAAUUAAUGAAAAAACUGAUUACUCAAGAGGAAUACAUACAAGAAUGUGAAAAAUUUUCAUCAAGAAAUGAUUUUUUCAUCCUAUUUACAACUGCAGAAAACUGUAAUAUCAACCUUCCGAAACAGUCUGGAAUUGUAGAUGGAAAAGUUUUUAAUGAAUAUUUUGGACCAUUUGCUGGAAGAGCAUACAGGUUCGCUAUGUUCAAGUCCAAUAGUAUUUCGGAAACAAAUAUUAAUAUUGCAUCUCUCGAGCAACUUUGCAGAGUGUACCGAAUUGGAAAAAAACAAACAAGUACAAUCAUAUCAACAAGACCAUUUUGA